AUGAUGGCCAGACCAUACUGUGUGGUAGUGGCCCUACUGCUGCUAGCAGAAGUCUUCAGGCUUGGAGAAGGAGCUUCUAAUCCUGGGUUUGUGGUCAGGAUCACCAGAAAAGGCCUCGAAUAUGCCCGCCAAUAUGGAAUGGCCACCCUGAAGAAGGAACUGUCCACCAUCAACGUGCCUGAUUUAUCAGGAAGCUUUGAAGUCGGCUGGAUGGGAAGUGUGAGUUAUGAGUUUAAGAGCCUGAGAAUCCAUAGCUUCCAAAUCCGAAACUCCGAUCUGAGUCUACUCCCAGGGAGGGGUGUCAGAGCCUCCCUGUCCAAUAACUACGUGUCUAUCAGUGGGAACUGGAAGGUGAAAAAGGCUUUCAUCACCCUACAGGGUACUUUUGAUCUGAGUGUGGAUGGUGUUUCCAUCUCGAUUUAUCUGAACUUGGGCGAGGACGGGUCUGGACGACCCACUGCCUCUGUGGCCCACUGCAGCAACUCCGUUGGCCACGUCAGCAUUCACAUUUCUGGAAACCUAAGCUGGCUCCUGAACCUCUUCCAUAAAAGAAUUGAAAACAAGUUAAAAGAUAUCUUGAAACAAGAGAUCUGCGAAAUCGUCAGGACGUCAACAUCCUCACACCUGGAGCCCUAUCUCCGGACUCUGCCAGUCACCUUGAUGAUUGACCAGGUUGCUGGCAUUGACUACAGUUUAGUAGGAGCUCCCCAGGUGACCUCCCAAGGCCUGGACACGCCCUUCAAGGGUGAAUUCUUUGGCCGAAGCCAGCGCUCCCCAGUCCCCUUUGAUGCUCCUCCCAUCAGGCUGCCCCAGCAGCAUGACCUCAUGGCCUACUUUGCAGUGUCCCAAUAUGUCUUCAACACGGCCAGCCGGGUUUACCACCAGGCUGGGCACAUGAACUUCACCAUCCGAAAUGAGGACAUACAGAACCUAACCGAGUUUCUCAGCGACCACUCAGCUAAAGAAUGGCGGAACCCAAGCUGUCUGGCCUCUGAGACCACGCCUUUCAUCACCACGAUGUCCUGCUUCUUAAGCAACUUCCUGCUUCUGCUGCAGAGUCCCCUGGACUUUCCAAUUCACUUGCACACCAAAUCACUAGGGGCCGUGAUUCCUCAGCUGGCCAGGUUGUACCCCAAUACAGAGCUAGAACUUGAGAUGUCACCUGAAUCAGCUCCAUUCUUGAUGUUCACCCCUGGAAAUGUUACCUGCCUGCCAGUGAUGAACAUCCAGGCAUUCGCCCUCCUGCCCAACUCUUCUAACCGCAAGCCACUCUUCCAACUCAGGGCGAGAACUGACAUCUCCGCCACCAUCAGUGUGAGCUCCAGCAGGGUCCUUGGCUCGUUGACCCCAGGAAGUAAGCUGAAACUGGAACUGAAACACUCCAACAUCGGUUUCUUCAAUGUGCAGUUGCUGGAAUCCAUCUUCAAUUACUACGCAUCCUACAUUAUAUAUCCCUCUCUCAAUGCAAAGUUUGAAAAGGGCUUCCCACUCCCUCUGCCCAGGGACACCUACCUCAACAGCUUGGAGCUCCAAGCCCACAAGAACUUCUUGUUCGUAGGGGCCAACAUCGACUAGAUUGAAGACUGAGGAGCACCUGUGGCUGGAGGGGACACACCACAGCUGGACUCGCCCUGCCUGCCCUGUGGAGCCCCAGUGGCUGUGACCAUUUCACUUCCUCUCUCAUGAGUGUCCCUGAGUAACACAGGCCCAGCCAGGGCCUUGGGUAGGUGUUAAAGGACAAGGCAGAAAAGGAAGCUUGGGGGCAGAGUGGAACAUGUCAGUCAUGAAGAAUGCCUGCCCCUGCAGUAGAGGCCACCAAGGUACCAAACUCAGGCAGGCUAGACAGCCUGAAUUCUGCCUCAGCCCAGCCAAUGUGGUUUCUACUUCAAAUGCAGAAAGUGGACAAUUAACUCAAGCCUUUCAUCAUGGCCUUCGGAACAUACUCACGUACAGACCCCUCUAUCUGUAAAAUGGGAUUAAAAAAUUCAUGCACGCACAUCCUCACAUUGUGGCAGUUUUUUAUUUUAAACCAAAGAUCUCCAAAAAGCCUGACCCUGAGGACACCAGGGUCCAACAGCAGCUGCUCCAUUCACCCUGCUCCCACCUUUAUUUUACACCUCAGAUAAGUCAACCAACUCGUCCGUUUGCCUGGGACUUACCUGGUUUUAGCAAUUCAAGUCCCUCGUCCUGGGAAACCCCUCAAUCCCAGGCAAACUUGGACAGUUGGUCACACAGCAGGCAAUUUUUUAUGAGCCAAGCCCCAGAACUCCAGGACACCCCACUUUCUCUGACAUCAGCACCCGUCUCUCUAGUCCACUCUGUCACCAGCCACCCUUCCAAAGCCUUGGCCUGACUGCUCAACACCUCAACUGUCAUGGGUCCUUAAUCUGAACCAACUACCACCCCUUGUUUACCUCCUAGUCCUAACUGAACACUUCAAACAACUACCCACGUGCCAUGCCUCAGGAGAGUGAGAACACGCCAGGACUGAAAACGAGAUCUGGCUGUGACCCACUUUCUCCAGGCCCAGCCUUGCUGGCACAUGGCUUGAUGCUGCUUUAAAAGGCAGACAGAGCACGCUGGUCAGGUUUACUAAAUGGGUGGUGGAGGAAAGUGAUGAGCAGCUACAAAUUCAAGAGAAAAAUUCUUGGCUACUAAAGUCAUUCCGGGCAUGGCUGAGGGACACGGGCUGGCCCUCUAAGGGCGCUGCUGUCAAGACGCAGAGCUGGUUGAAGUGGACCCCAAGCUUCCCUCUGAUCUCUUGUGCAGAGUGAAGCUGUCCGUGAUGCUCUGAGCAGGCAGAGGGGAGAGCUGUGGUGAGGCUUCAUGUGGGGACCUGCCUCUCAAUUCUCGGCCCCUCUGGUCUCCACAAACACCGAGAGAA